UUGGCUGCAGUUCGGUCCGACAGCUGACAGUCGCGGGAUGCUCGCGUCGGAGAGAGCUGGCUGCGCAGCCCUGGCUUAGCCCAGUGGGCCUGACGGGUACCUGCCGACUCGAUCCUCUGCCGACUCGCUCGGGCAGUGUGCGGCAGUGUGCGCGUCUCUGGAGCUCGAAGGCUGGAAGCUGGAAGCGCGCGCAGCCGACCUGUGGCAACCAUGGUUGGAGUCCGGAUGUCACCCGCUGACCUAGCGGAGGCCGCUGCCGCCGCCGCCAUGGGGGAGCAGCCGGUGAGGGUGCUGAAGCGGCGGUGGGUGAUGCUGGCGCUGUUCUCGGUGACGUCCAUGGCCAACGCGGCGCACUGGAUCAUGUACGCCAUCAUCGCCAACAUCGCGACGCGCUACUACGGCGUGUCGGACAUGGCCAUCAACUGGACCUCCAUCGUGUUCAUGGCCGCCUACGUGCCGCUCGUCAUCCCGGCCUCGUGGGUCAUCGAGAAGAAGGGUCUCCGGCCCGCCGUGCUGCUGGGGUGCUCCUUGAUGUGCGCCGGCUCGUGGCUCAAGGUGCUGUCCGCCGCCCCGGACCGCUUCGACAUCGCCUUCAUCGGCCAGACCAUGAUCGGCGUGGCCCAGAUGUUCACGCUUGGCGUGCCGGGCAGGCUGGCGGCCGUCUGGUUCGGCGCCAAGGAGGUGUCUUUCGCCUGCGCCGUGGGCGUGUUCGGAAACCAGCUCGGCAUCGCCCUGGGCUUCCUCAUCCCCCCCGCCCUGGUGGGUGACCACGCCGACCUGCAGAAGAUCACCGCCGACCUCAAGCUGCUGUACUACGUGUUCGCCGCCGUGCCCACCGCCGUCCUGGUGCUGCUGCUGCUGUUCUUCGAGAACAAGCCCCCGGUGCCGCCCAGCUACGCGCAGGCCGCGCUGCUGAAGCAGCAGCAGGCCUCCAACGGCAGCGGCGCCAACGGCCACGCCCCGGCGGGCACCGCGAGCGGCGGCGAGGACGGCGCCGCGUCCAAGGCCAACCUGCAGUACCUGGAGACCAUCAAGGUGCUCCUGACGAACCCCAGCUACAUCCUGCUGCUCUUCAGCUACGGCAUGAACGUCGGCACCUUCUACGCCGUCAGCACGCUGCUCAACCAGAUCAUCUUGAACCAGUUCCCUCUCGACCAGUUCCCCACGGCGAUAGAGGACGCGGGCCGCGUGGGCCUCACCAUGGUGUUGAUGGGGGUGCUGGGGUCCAUCGCGGGCGGACUCGUCUUGGACACGUGGCACAAAUUCAAGGAAACAACUAUAGUUGUCUACAUUCUGGCCGUCCUCGGUAUGGUGGCGUUUGCAUUUAGUAUUGGCAGUGGGAACAUGAUUUUAGUCUACGUCACUGCCGGGUUCCUUGGAUUCUGCACAACUGGUUAUGUGCCCAUCGGUUAUGAGUUUGGAGCGGAGCUGACAUAUCCUCAUUCCGAGAGCACAGCUGUGGGCCUUCUGAACGCAGCGGGAGAAAGCAUUGGCAUAGCCCUAGUGCUGGGAGCUGGCGAAGUUGUGCAGAUUUAUGGAAAUGAAAUAACCAACUAUGGGUUCAUUGGAGCUCUGGUGUUUGGUUUAAUUCUUUCCCUCUUCAUCAAAAAUGAUUUGCGAAGAUUAUCAGCCACUAAACAACAGCAACUGCAACACAGUCAACUUGGCGCUGAUUCCGGGAAGGACCACACAAAAUUCUGACAGGGCGCUCCUUCCCUUCGUCAUGGUGCACAAAAAAUUGCAUGACAUUUGUGGAAGUUUGAAGCAGGCCGCGGAAAGAAUUGUUGAAGUUUUUCUAUUCUGAAUCUGUACAGCAACAAAUAAUGGUGAUAUUAUGUUAUUUGCAUUGUUGUCAAUGUUAAUGUUAUCAGAGGAUCUUUGAUAUUUGUCCUGCAUUUUCUUUCCAAUGUGCCAUUUUUACUGUUUUUAAGCUAGUAUUAGCUAGUAUUAAUAUCUGUGUUUGAAAAGAGACUCAAAUGUUCUAAUUUUAUGAGAUCUUUAACGCACAUGUAGGUUUUCUAGAGCAGAAAUGGUCAAGGUUAACAAAUUGUUAGUUAAUUUUAAGGUUUUAAUUUUUGUAAAGCCUCUGCUGCAAUUUUGUAUUGUAAGUUGUUAACACUCUUUGAUGAAGCAGCUUUUAGUCUGAAUCUACUACAUAUCAGUUGCGAUAAAGACAACUAGAAAUUCAUGAAAUAUUUUUCAGUGCCAAUGUACAUAUCAACUAGAUAAUUAAGGAAUUUAUUGUAUGAAUCUAGGAGAUUUACGCCUUUAUGAUAAACAUAUCAUUUCAUUAGGGAUAAACUUAAGAGUAUCCUUAGUAUUGCAGUAUUGAAUUCUCAUCUCAAUGUUAGUUUAAUCUCUGAACACCGGUGUGCUGAGGGGUGUUGUAUUUGUACUAUUGAGACAAGUUACUGCAGUCAGUAAAAAAAUGUGAUGUUUGGAUGAGAGAAAGCAGCUGUGAUCUCAUUUCCGAGCAUCUCGGCACACUAGCCAAGUUUAGGAGGAACCUAGCAAGGAACAAGCACGCUCAAAAAUUUCUUAUCUUGAUGGUAUCAUGCAAAUUUUUGUGAAGUUUGUGAUUAAACGUGAUAUUUAACUACUAA